GAUUCCUAUAAACGAAUUCGUGCCGUGACUGCUAGACAAAACCGACAACAUCGAAAACGAUGUUUAGAGAACAAGAAAAUUUCACAUGCAUCAAAGUUGACUACUUCUAAUGUUUCGCAAGUUUUACACGAUUCAAACAUGUUUACUAUUCAAGCUAAGCAUAACAGAAACUUGAGAAAGCAACAUUUAGAUUCCAGGAAAUUUAAUGCAACGUCUACGAAUUCCAUUGAUGUUGGAAAGGGUAAACGCAAGUUAUCAUCUUCCAGUCAAUUUACAUUUUUUGUCGACCAGAACGAGCAUGUAGGCCCACAUAUUUCUGUGGAUUUUCAAAAAAAAAACGACUUGCUAACAACACGUCAAAUAUAAUUCGUUCAAGCCCAUUAUCAGACAUAACUAAUGGUGUUACAAAGGGUAAAGAGAAGGUAUCAACAUACACUAAUCUACCAUUAAAAAAUGCUACUCAUGAAGAGAAUAGUUUUCAGCGGACGUCUCUUAGAUUGCAACAAAAAACUAUUCAAAAUAAGAGGCUUAAUACAAAUCAAUCAACUCCAUUAUCAAGCAUCACUAACGGCACAUUUUAUAUUAUUUACAAAUAUUAUUAAAUUAAAACAAAGUUACUGAUUUUACAAAUUUUCAGUCUAUGCUACUUUUGAUAACAACAUCGCGACACCACCAUCGUUUACUUCCAAUCUGAUUGAAAGCAUCUCUAUUUCUACCGUCAAUAAUGACUCUUUAUUGACCAACCGGCACUCCACUAAGCGGAAGUUCAAUCCCGUUGGUUUGGAUAUUCCUCAAUUUCCUACAGAUGAAUUGAACUCAUAGGAUGAAGAAGUAAUUAAAGGAAUCUCUAAAGAUUACUUGGAUCAUCUUGAUCAGGAUAAUGUAUGUCAAAUAUGUAAAGCUAAAUUAUGGAAAGCUGAAGCUAUUAGAGGUCAAAAAGAUGAAAAAUGUUUUUCUCUUUGUUGCGGUUAUGGAAAAGUUGAGCUUCCUCCGUACAAACAACCUCCUACAAGUUAUUUACAGCUAUUUGUUGGUGGUGAUAAGAAAAGCAAUUACUUCUUAAAGAACAGUCGACGUCUUAAUUCAAUGUUCUCCUUUACCUCGAUGGGUGGCAAGAUUGAUAAAUCAAUUAAUAAAGGAAGGGGCCCAAACAUUUUUAGAAUAAGUGGUCAAAAUUGUCAUUUAAUGGGAAGUUUGCUUCCUCAAGAUGGUUCUAAGCCAAAGUUCUCUCAACUUUACAUCUAUGAUACUGAUAAUGAAAUAUCAAAUAGACAGAAUGUUUUCGGUGUUACUUCAAAUAAAUCUCAAGUUGAUGAAGCCAUUGAUGUGGAGCUUAUACAACAAAUUAAAGACAUGCUGGAUUUAGAAAAUCCUUUUGUCAAGAUUUACAGGAUGGCUAAAAAUUGUUUUCAGGAAGACCCUCAUGUGAAUCUUAAGUUACAGCUUAUUGGUAAAAGAGAUAAAGACGGGAGGACAUACAACAUUCCGUCAUGUUCUGAAGUAGCAGCAUUAAUUGUCGGAGACAUUACCGAUUGUGUAGACAGACGUGAUAUUAUUGUUCACACACAAACAGGCAAUCUUAUACGUAUUAGUGAACUGCAUCCGUCUUAUCUUCCUCUUCAGUAUCCUUUGCUUUUUCCUUUUGGAGAUGAUGGUUAUCGCGUUGAUAUCCCACAUCGAGAGUUGCCUCCUGACAAAAAGAAACCCAAGAAGCGUAACUUGUGUACAAUGAGGGAGUUUUUUUUCAUACAGAAUUCAAGACAGGGAAGGAUGUUUUUCACUUAUUCAUAAUUCAAGAAGGCUAUUCCAACAGUUCUUAGUGGAUGCUUACACAAUGAUCGAAAGUGAAAGGUUGUUCUUCAUACGUGGCCACCAAAAAAACCUACGUUGUGAAACGUUCGAGAAUCUAAAGAAUGUAAAAAACGGUGGAGGUUUAAACGGCUCAAACGUUGGUACACCUGUGAUAUUGCCCUCAUCUUUUACUGGUGGAGCUAGAUACAUGAUGCAAAACUAUCUAGACGCGAUGUCACUAUGUAAGUGGUUUGGGUACCCAGAUUUUUUUAUAACCAUUACCUGUAAUCCCAAAUGGCCUGAAGUCAAGAGAUUUCUUAAAGACACCACCUUAAAGGCCGAGGAUAGGCCAGACAUAUUAUGCCGAUUGUUUAAAAUUAAACUUGAUGCUUUUGUUAAAGAUUUGAAGGACAAAUCCAUUCUUGGAAAAGUUCUAGCCGUUGUUUACACUGUAGAGUUUCAAAAGUGUGGACUUCCCCACGCUCACGUGUGUUUGUUUAUGCACCCUGAUGACAAUGUUCCUACAGUUGAUAAGAUCGAUCCCGUGAUUUGUGCUGAGAUUCCUGAUGAAAUCGAAGAUCCAGAAUUGUAUUUGCUUGUAAAGGAACACAUGAUGCAUGGACCUUGCGGUGCUGAUAAUUUCAAUUCUCCAUGCAUGAUAGAUGGAAAGUGUUCAAAAAAGUUUCCUAAGAAAUUUUUGGAGCAUACCUCAAUUGACGGUAAUGGUUUUCCAAUGUACAGAAGGCGAGAUUCUGGUAAAGAAAUUUACAAAUAUGAUGUUAGAAUGGACAAUAGGAAUGUGGUUCCAUAUAACAAAACCUUGCUUAAACGAUAUCAAGCACAUAUAAAUGUCGAAUGGUGCAACCAGGCUGGUUCUAUCAAAUAUUUGUUUAAAUACAUAAACAAAGGUCCAGACAGAGCUACCCUUUUGUUGAAACAAGGCAACAACGACGAUCCCCUUAAUGAGGAUACUGAUGAGAUUAAAGAAUAUUACGAUUGUAGAUAUGUAUCUGCAUGCGAAGCGUCUUGGCGUAUCUUUUCUUAUGAUGUUCAUUAUCGGACUCCGUCUGUUAUCAGGCUACCUUUCCAUCUUCCAGGACAACAAAACGUUGUUUAUGGUGCUGAAGAAGAUAUAGACGACGUUUUAAGCAAACCUUCAGUUGCUUCUACUAUGUUUUUAAAGUGGAUGGAAGCUAAUGCAACAUAUCCAGAAGCACAACAUCUAACAUACGUUGAAUUUCCAACAAAAUUUGUAUGGAAGCUUGAAAGAAAAAGUUGGGAACGAAGGGAAAGAGGCUUCUCUAUUGGUAGAAUUCAUGCUGUGUCACCCGCUCUUGGUGAAGCAUACUUUUUAAGGAUUCUUUUGAAUAAAGUUAAAGGCCCAAGAUCAUUUGUUGAGAUUUUGACAGUCAAUAAAUAGAUAUGCAAAACUUUUAGGGAAGCAUGUUACAAACGAGGUCUUUUGGAGGAUGACACUGAAUAUAUUGAGGCUAUUCAAGAGGCAAGUCACUCAGGAUCUGGGUAUUUUCUACGGUCUUUGUUUUCGACAAUGUUGCUUAAUGAGACUUUAUCUAGACCUGAAUUUGUUUGGCAAAAAACAUGGCAGUUCCUAUCUGACGACAUUCUCUACAAACAACAAAUGCUACUAAAAAGUCCAGGUACUAUAAUUUAUUUUUACAGUUUUAGUACUUACAUCAUUAAAAAACAAGAUUUGCAUUGACAUUACGUUAUAUAAUUGUAACAUGUUCUAUUUGUAAAAACAAUCCAUGAGUUGCAAUAAAUGCAAUUACAAA